GGACUGUGGCUCGACGUUUGGGAAAAAACAAACUGUCCCUCUUGACCCGCCGUUGAGAUCUGCGCGUGCGCAGUUGAUGUUACUGCCACAUUACCGCCUGAGCCUACGAUGGAAAGGCGCUCAUCCACCAUAGUAUUCAGCACGAUCACUACCUCACUGCACAAUCAAAACGACCUGUCGCGUGAUUCAUGAACAAAUCUGUAUCCAAACCUAGGAGUGGACUCAUCCCAGUAGCCGAGAGCAGCUUUUAUUACACCCUCAGCAGCCACCGGUGUACUGCAUCAGCACUUCUCUUUUGGACAGACAGGUUGACAAUAAACUUGCUUCUGUAAACCCGUUCUCUCCAAUUUGCUCAUCAUGGCAACUGAGGAGAAGAAACCAGACACCGAGGCUACCAAAACACAGCCGGCAUCAGCUGCCUCCGCCAGCCAGACCAAGUCAGCACCUGUGAAGCCAAACUAUACCUUGAAAUUCACAUUGGCUGGCCAUACAAAAGCAGUCUCUUCCGUCAAGUUCAGUCCAAGUGGGGAGUGGCUUGCAAGCUCAUCUGCUGAUAAACUGAUCAAAAUAUGGGGUGCAUAUGAUGGCAAGUUUGAAAAGACGAUAUCCGGACACAAACUUGGCAUCUCAGACGUGGCCUGGUCCUCUGACUCCAACCUCCUGGUCUCAGCUUCCGAUGACAAGACACUGAAAAUUUGGGAUGUGAGCUCUGGGAAAUGUUUAAAGACACUGAAGGGUCACAGUAACUAUGUAUUUUGCUGUAACUUCAACCCCCAGUCCAACCUCAUCGUAUCUGGAUCUUUUGACGAGAGUGUGAGGAUUUGGGAUGUUAAAACGGGCAAGUGUCUCAAGACGUUGCCAGCGCACUCGGACCCCGUCUCUGCAGUGCAUUUCAACAGAGAUGGCUCAUUGAUUGUGUCCAGCAGUUAUGAUGGACUUUGCCGUAUCUGGGACACAGCAUCAGGCCAGUGCCUUAAAACACUCAUUGAUGAUGACAACCCACCCGUGUCAUUUGUGAAGUUCUCCCCCAAUGGCAAAUACAUACUGGCUGCCACUCUGGAUAACACUUUGAAGCUUUGGGACUACAGCAAAGGAAAGUGUUUGAAAACAUAUACCGGUCAUAAAAAUGAGAAGUACUGCAUAUUUGCAAAUUUCUCUGUCACUGGCGGAAAGUGGAUUGUCUCCGGCUCAGAGGACAACAUGGUCUAUAUCUGGAACCUUCAGACCAAGGAGAUCGUACAGAAACUACAGGGGCAUACAGUUUUUGCUGAAACCUUCCUUGCAUGA